UGGGGCUUGAAAAAAGGACGUGGAACAGGAAUAGAGGACAGACGCGGACUAGACUUACGAACCCUCUUUCUUUCUUUGUCCCAACUUCCUACACAGAAGAAUGCGUCGAGUCACUCGAUAACAACUUUGACGUCGUUUAAAUACUUGCAGCAGAUUCUUUACGACUUUUCUUUUUCCGUUUUUUUUUCUCCCAACCUGGCAAAAUGUUUUGACAAACGUUUUUAAAGGUUUCUUUUUUUAAAAAAAAGACAUAUCAGCCACUUCGGAACAGUUGUAAAUCUGCCAUUUGAGGGAGAAACCAUGUCACUGCCGGCUGGGCUGCUGGUGAUGGCGGCGCUGCUGGGCUGCAGCACGCAAACCGGGACCGACCGACACAUCGAUCCUGAGUCAUGGCUGCAACAAUACGGCUACCUUCCCCCGGGGGACAUGCGGACCCACAGCCUGCGCUCGCCGCAUUCCGUGCCCUCGGCCAUCGCCGCCAUGCAGAAGUUCUACGGCCUGCAGGUCACCGGCUCCUUCGACGCCAACACCAUCGAGGCCAUGCAGAGGCCGCGCUGCGGCGUGCCGGACAAGUUUGGCGCCGAGUUGAAGACCAACCUGAGGAGGAAGCGAUACGCCAUCCAGGGACUGAAGUGGAAAAAGAACGACAUCACUUUUUCGAUACAGAACUACUCCCCGAGGGUAGGCGAGUACGAGACCCACGAGGCCAUCAGGAAGGCGUUCAAGGUGUGGGAGCGCGUGACCCCGCUGCACUUCCGGGAGAUCCCCUACAACUACAUCCGGGACAAGGUGGAGGAGUUUGCCGACAUCAUGAUCUUCUUCGCCGAGGGUUUCCACGGCGACAGCAGCCCCUUUGACGGCGAGGGAGGCUUCCUGGCGCACGCCUACUUCCCCGGCGACGGCAUCGGGGGCGACACGCACUUUGACGCGGCGGAGCCAUGGACCAUCGGGAACCGGGAUCUGAUGGGUAAUGACAUCUUCCUGGUGUCGGUGCACGAGCUGGGCCACGCUCUGGGUCUGGAGCACUCCAGUGACCCCUCCGCCAUCAUGGCUCCUUUCUACCAGUGGAUGGACACCGACAACUUCAUACUUCCCGACGACGACCUCAGGGGCGUGCAACAACUUUACGGUGCCGGAUCAGGACCACAGCCUCCUUUCGCGACACCAGGCACGCCCACAGAAACAAGUCCGGGCUACCCGCCUGACAAACCUCGUUUCGGGCCCAACAUCUGCGACGGACACUUCGACACCAUCGGCAUCCUCCGAGGAGAAAUGUUUGUGUUCAAGGACAAGUGGUUCUGGCGGGUGAACAACAACCAAGUGAUGGAUGGCUACCCCAUGCCCAUUGGCCACUUCUGGAGGGGGCUGCCUUCUCACGUCAACUCUGCCUUCGAGAGGGAGGACGGCAAAUUUGCCUUCUUUAAAGGUGACAAGUACUGGGUGUUCACCGAGUCGGUCCUGGACCAUGGUUACCCCAAGAGUCUCAGGGAAAUGGGGACCGGCCUGCCCAAGGAUCGUAUCGACGCCGCACUUUACUACACGCCCACCGGACAGACCUUCUUCUUCCGAGCUAGCAAGUAUUACCGUUUCAACGAAGCGAUGCGUAGCGUCGACGAUGGCUAUCCAAGGCCGGUGAACGUCUGGCAAGGAGUCCCCGACAACAUCAAGUCAGCUUUCAUGAGCAAAGAUCAAGCCUACACCUACUUCUACAAGGCCAACAAAUACUGGAAGUUCAACAACCAGAUGAUGCGCGUGGAGCCCGGGUACCCCAAGUCGGCGCUGCGGGACUGGAUGGGAUGUCCCAACGAGGACCCCAAGACGGACGGGGGCAAGGGGGGCGGCGGCGGCGGCGGCCACGACACGGACAAGGAGAAGGACCACAACGACGAAGACAAGGACAGAACCAGGGACCGGGAGACCGACCGGGAGCGCGAGAGAGAGACGGAGACGAAGGUGGAGCCGGAGGACGAGGGGGACACGGAGGUCAUCAUCAUCGAAGUGGACGAGGAAGGGCGCUCGGGAAGCGGCGCGGGGGCGGCGGCGGUGGUCCUGCCCUUGUUCCUGCUGGUGUGCGUGGUCGCCACGCUGGGGGCCCUGCUCUUCCUGCGGCGCUACGGCACUCCGCGUCGACUCCUCUACUGCCAACGCUCCCUGCUGGACAAAGUGUAGGACGCAAGGAAGGAAGGAAGGAAGGAAGGAAGGAAGGAAGGAAGGACGGGGACUGAAGGAGAAGCAAGUGGAAGAUGGCGUUCUUGCAAAUGUGAGGGAAAGUGAAACCACUGCAAGUUUCUUUUUUGCUCUGUCACUCGACCACUUCCACCAUUGGUUCUCUGUCCAGCUCACACUUUGUUUGCACACACACGCACACACACACACACACACACACACACACACACACACACACACACACACACACACACACACACACACACACACACACACACACACACACACACACGCACACACACAAGCACACACACACACACAUUUAUGUAGUUCAUACCUUCUUGAGACCUGAGAAAAAUGCCUACCUAUUUAGGACCAGCCUUUCCAGGUAUAUAAAGAAGUGUAUUUACAACAUUAAUAAUAUAUACAUACUAUGCAAAUAUUAAAAAAGCUUGUUGUGAAAAAUGAGUUGGAAUUUCCCAAGAAAAAGGUCACAAUAUCACAAGAAAAACUAAGAAUUUUGGCAUUUUAAGCCUUUUUUUAAAAGCAUCCACAGUCUGUGGUGCCCUCAGGGGGUCAGGGAGAGCGUUCCACAGACUGGUUAGAAGAAAAACUGAACAUUUGUGCAACAUUACGACAAAAGUUGGAAUUUGACUCAAUAACAGUCACAGUUUUACAAGAAAAGCUUAACAUUUUGGCAAUUUUAUGAAAAGGGUCGACAAAAGUCACAAUUUUUACAAGAAAACUUGAAAAUUUUGGCAAUAUUAUAACAUGAACAAUAUAUACAAACUAUGCAAAUAUAAAACAAGCUUGUUGUAAAAAAUGAGUUGGAAUUUCACAAGAAAAACUUUUUGACAGUGUUAUCAUAAAAGGGAUUUUACUCGACGCGAGUCCAAAAUUUUACAAGAAAAACGGAACAUUUGUGCGAUAUUACGAUAAAAGUUGAAAUUUGACUCAAUAAAAGUCGCAGUUUUACAAGAAAAGCUCAACAUUUUGGCAAUUUUAUGAAAAGGGUCGUCAUUUUACUCGACGAGAGUCAAAAUUUUACAAGAAAAACUGAACAUUUGCGUGAUAUUUUGAUAAAAGUUGUAAUCUUACUCUACAACAGUCGCAGUUUUACAAGAAAAGCUCAACAUUUUGGCAAUUUUAUGAAAAGGGUCGGCAUUUUGCGCGACAAAAGUCACAAUUUUUACAAGAAAACUAGAAAAUGUUGGCAAUAUUAUAACAAUAAUCGUAAUUUUACUUGGCAAAAUUAUUAUAUGAGUCCUAAAUUUACUCCAAAAAUGUCACUGUUUUACAACAACAACCAAGAUUAGUAUUUACAACAUUAAUAAUAUACACAAACUAGGCAAAUAUUUAAAAAAAAGCUUGUUGUGAAAAAUGAGUUGGAAUUUCCCAAGAAAAAGGUCACAAUUUCACAAGAAAAACUUUGAAUUUUGGCAGUUUUAUAAUAAAAGUCGUGAUUUUACUCGAUGCAAGUCAAAAUUUUACAAGAAAAACUGAACAUUUGCGCGAUAUAAUGAUAAAAGUUGGAAUUUUACUCAAUAACAGUCGCAGUUUUACAAGAAAAGCUCAACAUUUUUGCAAUUUUAUGAAAAGGGUCGACAAAAGUCACAAUUUUUAAAAGAAAACUUCCAAAUUUUGGCAAAAUUAUAACAAUAAUCGUAAUUUUACUUGGCAAAAUUAUUAUAUAAGUCCUGAUUUUACUCCAAAAAUGUCACUGUUUUACAAGAACAACCAAAAUUAGUAUUUACAACAUUAAUAAUAUACACAAACUAGGCAAAUAUUUAAAAAAAGCUUGUUGUGAAAAAUGAGUUGGAAUUUCCCAAGAAAAAGGUCACAAUUUCACAAGAAAAACUUUGAAUUUUGGCAGUUUUAUAAUAAAAGUAGUGAUUUUACUCGACGCAAGUCAAAAUUUUACAAGAAAAACUGAACAUUUGCGCGAUAUUAUGAUAAAAGUUGGAAUAUUACUCAAUAACAGUCGCAGUUUUACAAGAAAAGCUCAACAUUUUGGCAAUUUUAUGAAAAGGGUCAACAAAAGUCACAAUUUUUAUAAGAAAACUUGAAAAUUUUGGCAAUAUUAUAACAAUAAUCCUAAUUUUACUUGGCGAAAUUAUUAUAUAAAUCCUAAUUUUACUCAAAAAAAAUAACACUGUUUUACAAGAACAACCCAAAAAAAUUUGCAAUAUUGUGAUAAGUCUGAAUUUUAUAUGACAAAUGUCACCAUUUUGCAUUAAAAAGUAAUACUUUUACAUUAAAAAAAAAAGUAAUAAUUUUACGAGAAAAUAUUGCCAUGUUACAGAAACAGAAAGAAUAUGAGAAAUUGUCCCAAAUUUUAUAAGAAGAAAGUCGACACAUUGCGAGAAAAAGACUGUUUUUAGUUUUUAAAAAAAUGUUUUUAAUUUAUUAUUUGUAAUUGGUUUUUAAUCUUCAUUAUUUACUUCAAGUUAUUACAGUAUGUCUCUAUUAAAAAAAUAUAUAUAUUGUUUUAUACAUUUUGGCCAAAGGGGGCGCAUUUCAAUUUCUUACACACACUUGUUAUUUCAUAUGUUGACCAGAGGGGGAGCACUUUUAAAAGCGACACACAGUCAAUUUGAAAAAUCCCUCCUUUUGGGGACCACCCUCAUUUUGACAGAUUUCACCACCAGGGGGUGCAAACGAGAUCUCCAUUUUUUUGUUUUCUUGUAAUGUGCUUAUAAGGCCGAUGACAAACGAGUCAGGAACCACAGAUGGCCCCUGUGCCGCACUUUGGGCAACCCAGCUGUAGAAGCUAACUGUUAAUGGCCACUAUAGUCUUAGUACCGUAGUGUAUUUGUUCAUCCUACGGUCACAUAUGGGACGUUUACUUUCGUAUGCACAUUAAAUCAACAAAAAAUCCUGACUUUGGAGCAAUGUUCACGGACUCUAGUAUUCGCCUCUCUAUUAGAUGCAAUGGUUUUGCCGUAUGGGGACCAUGAUUUAUGUCCUAACUUGUUCACCGGUCCUCAGUAGUGUAUUUGUUCAUCCUACGGUCACAUAUGGGACGUUUACUUUCGUAUGCACAUUAAAUCAACCAAAAAAAUCCUAACUUUGGAGCAAUGUUCACGGACUCUCCAUUAGAUGCAAUGGUUUUCCGUAUUGGCACGAUGAUUUAUGUCCUAACUUCUGGAAGGUAAUUUUCCUUGUUGAUGUCUCAAGAAGGGUAGAAAUACAACAACACAGACACACACACACACACACGCACACACACACUUGUGUUUUUUAACCUCCCAGUAGAACGAGCCAGUGUGAAGCGUAAAAAAAAAAAAAAGGGCAAGAAA